CCUCGCGUACAGUUGUUGGCCUACACAUACUCUAAGAUCAGGAAGUAGGUGAGAGACGGUAGGACAUACUUGAAAAGAGAAGUCGGAGAAAAAUCCUCUAAGCCUCAGCAUCCAGAUGAGCAGCACAGAGCAAGCCGAUGUCAAUGGCGCCCCCUGUGCCAAGCGUAGUAAACUUCGCCCGAACCCUCCAGAUCAGGAGUCUACCUUCGCCAACCUGCGUAAGGUGAAAGACUGGCUGCAGCCCUUCCAUUUGUCGGAGCAGACGCUGCGUGAUGUGUCAGCCCGUCUGCACAAGGAUCUGAUCCGGGGACUGGGCAAGCACUCGCACCACAAUGCACCCGUCAAAAUGCUGCCCACCUUCGUGAGGGCCACUCCGGAUGGCACAGAGAAGGGGGACUACCUGGCGCUGGAUCUGGGCGGGACGAACUUCCGCGUGCUUCACGUGCGGGUGGUGGAGGACGAGCAGAGGGUGCUGAAGAUGGACAGCAAGAUCUGCGCCAUUCCUCAGGAGAUCAUGCUGGGCCCUGGAGAGAAGCUGUUUGACCACAUCGCAGCCUGUCUCUCUGAGUUCCUGGAGUCGCUGGGCCUUAAGGACCAGACCCUUCCGCUGGGGUUCACCUUCUCCUUCCCCUGCGAGCAGAUAGAAAUCGACAAGAGCAUCCUGAUCAGGUGGACGAAGGGGUUCAACUGCUCGGGAGUGGAGGGGCAGAAUGUGGUGGCGCUGCUGAGGGAGGCCAUUCGCAGGAGAGGGGACUAUGACAUCGGCUCUGUUGCCAUGGUGAAUGACACUGUGGGGACCAUGAUGAGCUGUGGAUAUCGAGACAGGAGCUGUGAAAUCGGCAUGAUAGUCGGGACGGGAACGAACGCAUGCUAUAUGGAGGAGAUGAAGAAUGUGAAGAGGGUGGAGGGGGAGGAUGGGCGCAUGUGCAUCAACACAGAGUGGGGGGGGUUCGGGGACGACGGCUCGCUCAGAGACAUCCAGACAGAGUUUGAUGUGGAGGUGGACCGCAAGUCGCUCAACCCAGGUGUACACACGUUUGAGAAGAUGAUCAGUGGGAUGUACCUCGGGGAGGUGGCGCGGCUGGUUCUCAUCAAGCUUGCCCAGGAGAACAUGCUUUUUGGGGGGAAGAUCUCUGAUGCCCUCCGUACACCGGAGAAAUUUGAAACCAGAUACAUUUCUGAAAUAGAGAAAGACGACACGGGACUGAGCCGCGCUCAGGAGAUCCUGUCGGAGCUGGGGCUGCCGGCUGGUCCCGAGGACUGCGAGAUUGUGCGUUUGGUGUGCGCCACCCUGUCCACCCGCUCUGCCCAGCUCUGCGCUGCGGCCCUGGCAACCAUCGCCAACCGCAUCCGUACCAACCGCAAGCUGGACCAUCUGCGCACUACUGUGGGGGUGGACGGCACGGUGUACAGGAAGCACCCCAAGUUCAGCCAGCGACUGCGUGAUGUGGUGCGCGUCCUGGCUCCCAAGUGCGACAUCCGCUUCCUGGUCUCGGAGGACGGAAGCGGGAAGGGCUCUGCCAUGGUGACCGCUGUUGCCCAGCGACUGGCUGCGCAGUCACACCUGCUGGAGGAGAGCGACGGGGAUGAGGACAGCGAGGAGGAUGAAGAGGAAGAGGAAGAGGAAGAGGCAUGAAAACUAACUCUGCUAGAGGAGACACCAGAAAUGCCACACAGUUUUACAUGUCUGUUUAAAGCGUACCAAAGUGACAGUGCAAGCAGUACCUGCCCAGAAAUGCAGCCCAAUUUUUAUGUGUUUGUGUAGGGAACAACUGCCCAGAGAGGUGUGCCUAUGUGUCAUUUUUAAGUAUUCAUCAGGUUUGGCAAACAUAUACACCUGUUUACAUCACUGACUGGCUGAUUGAGCAAUGUUUAAAAGUCAUAAAAAUUAAAAGACAAUUAAGUUAAGGACAGCAAAGUCAUGACUGAUAUACUUUCAUGUGCUUAAACUGUUUGCUGAGAGAUUUUGUUUAUCAAUUUGAAAAUGUUUUCUAUAAAUUAUGCCCUUAGAAUCUGGAUCUGACGUCCACAUUUUGCUCAAAAUGGGUGGGGUAGAAUGCACUGACUUUGGGACAACGUUAA